UUUCAUCAUUGCAUUACUUUCAAAUCAAUUCACGGAAUGUGAACAAUUUUGUAACGUGAAAUACGAUUAAAAAUCGCGUCGCGCUUAUAAGAUGGUUAUACAAGAUUUAAUAAGAAAAUUUUUAAUAGUAUAUACAACAAAGUUAUACUUUAUGGAACUUAUUUUGCGAAAGAGUGAAAAUAAUAAUGGAAGAUAAAAGCCAAAGCGAGGUACUCACAAUGAAAGAACCAACAAAAAUAACAAAGCCUGGCGAAUCAACCGACGUCGAACCAUUAAAAUUGAAAGUAUAUCAAAAGAGGUGGCUAAUGCUGAUUAUCUACAUAAUUUAUGCUGGAACGAAUGGCUCUCAAUGGAUAGAAUACUCGAUUAUAACCAACAUAAUUACUAGGUACUAUGGAGUGUCACCGAUGAUGGUUCACUGGACCUCGAUGUCGUUCCUGGCACUUUACGCAACGUUUAUAUUUCCAGCGUCGUACGUGACAGACAAGUGCGGUCUGCGAUGGACCAUCAUCAUAGGCGCCGGUCUCACCUGUCUUGGUUCUUGGAUAAAAACAUUAUCUAUUCAACCCGAUAGAUUCUAUCUUACUUUCAUUGGUCAUUCGAUAGUUGCACUCGCGCAGACUAUGGUCCUGCCGUUACCAGGACGCUUGGCCGCACAAUGGUUUCCCCCUAACCAACUCUCGACUGCCACAUCUUUGGGUAUUUUUGGCACUCAAUUGGGAGUAGCGUUGGGUUUUCUUUUAGGACCUAUUAUAGUGAAAAAUCACAAGAAUCUAGAUGACAUUGGCAAAGAUUUGACACAUUUAUGCUGGAUAGUCGCAAUCGUCUGUACAAUUGCAUUCGCUCUUGUGCUUACAUUAUUUCAAAACGAACCUAAACUACCACCGAGUGAGACGCGGGCACUGCAAAAAAUGAAUCGAACGAAGAAAAGAGAAGAAUUCAUGGGGCCGAUAAAAAGACUAUGCAGAAACAAAAACUACAUCAUGCUCUGUAAUUCCUACGGUUUGAACGUCGGCGUGUUAAAUGCUGUGUCUACAUUGCUGAAUCAGAUAUUCCUCGCCCAUUUUGAGAAUGGAGAAGAAGAUGCAGGCAGAAUUGGCUUAGCCAUAAUUCUCACUGGUAUGGCAGGUUCCGUUAGUUUUGGUAUUAUCCUUGAUAAAACGCAUAAAUUCAAACAAACUGCCGUGACUGUAUAUUUUCUUACAUUUUGUGGUCAAAUAUUAUUUGCGGUCUUUACUUGCAUGGGUAUAAAAUGGAUGGUAUACGUGUCGGCGAUUUUCUUAGGAUACUUUAUGUCAGGAUAUUUAGCAAUGGGAUAUGAUUUGUGUACUGAAUAUACGUAUCCAGAGUCGGAACAUAUAUCUGCGGGACUUCUCAAUAUAACAACCAGUAUUUACGGCAUUAUACUCAUUAUAUUAUUAGAAUCAUUAAUGAACACGUACGGCGACAUUCCGGUGCAUAUUGGAUUAUGCUUGGCUUUGCUGCUCGGUUUUAUUUUGACUGCUAUAACAAAAGAUGAGCAAAGACGACAAGACGCAAGGAAGAAGGCUCAGUACGAAAGAAUCGCAAGAAAUGAAGUGAACGUCAGUGGCAUUCCAGAAAUGAAUCAACUUACUUAUAGUAUUAAUUAAUUGUCACAAAUAAUCUUAUUAAAUCUUUUAAUACCAUAAUAGAUUUCAAAU